UUCACCCUUACACACGUGAGGGCAGAAGACCCGCAGCAGCAAGCAAGCAAGCAAGCCGACGACGGUCAAUGGCGAGUAAACUGAGCCACAGUAUAGGUACCCACACCAGACUGUGGUAUCUGAUCGAUGCCAGACAUCAGGUGGUGGGUAGACUGGCGUCCAUGGUAGCUCUUCUCCUCCAGGGCAAAAACAAACCCAUCUACCAUCCAUCUGUGGACACGGGAGAUCACGUGGUGGUCAUCAACACGGGCCAUGCGGUGUUGACGGGCUCUAAAUGGGAUAAGAAGCUCUACAGGCACCACACUGGGUAUCCUGGAGGUCUGAAGGAGAUCGUUGCCAAGCAACUUCACCAGAAAAACCCAACAAUGAUACUGAGGCGUGCAGUAAAUGGAAUGCUGCCCAAGAACCUUCAGAGGAAACACAGAAUGAGGCGACUCCAUCUCUACCCAGACUCCGCCCACAGCCACGCCCUCAACAUCACCCACCAGCUACCGGGACCCUGUCCCGUGUUCAAGACCCUAUCUGACUAUAGCUCUGAAGAGAUUACGUCAUUCCCUGAUAUUGUUACGAGGAUCUCUCAUCUGUGACCCCGCACGCGCAUUGAUCGCUGCUCGUGUGACCAUGUACCACUGUUGUAUGAUAAACUGUUGCAUUCACAUUUGCAG